UUCUGUCAUGUGGUGCAGUCACUUCCUACUGAUUUGGUCCGGAGCAGAACCGCUCUGCUGUAUCAUGUCGUCUCACUAAGGCUGCUCAGACGUUAUCCAACACAGCAAACAUGUUCUUUCCGGGUAAAUCUACCCUCUGUGCGCCUCUGAAGCUGGCUCUUUGGUUCAUGGCGUGUCUGGGAUGUUUGUUGGUCCGGUCCGGAGCGGAGGGGGACAGCAGCCCGUGGUACCAGGACCUCUGCAGUUAUAAAUGGGAGGCUAUAGACCAAGAUCAUGGAGUAAAAUACACGCUAAAGCUCUGUGAGUCUUCACCGUCAACCAGCUGUGGGCCUGAAGUCGCUGUGUGCGCUCAAGACCUCACCACACAAGUCAAAGAGUCUGUCGGUGACUUGUCCCUGCGGAGGCUCUCUGACACCGUGCUGGAUUACAACAACACGAAAAAAUGUCCUGGAAGCAACAACAACAUUCAGACCAGCAUCAGCUUCCAGUGUGGGAAAACCAUGGGCACUCCAGAGUUUGUUGCCGUUUCACAGUGUGUGCAUUACUUUGAGUGGAAGACCUACACUGCUUGCAAGAAAGAUAAAUUCAAGCCACAUAAAGAGGUACCAUGCUAUGUGUUUGACUCAGAUGGUAAGAAGCAUGACCUCACCCCUCUGAUCAAAGUGAACGAUGGCUAUCUGGUGGACGACGGUGAUGACGCCAUUGACUUCUACAUCAACAUCUGCCGCAGUCUUAACCGUCCAGACAAAUCUUGUCCAGAGGGUUCUGCAGCUUGUCUCAUCACCAAUCAGGGCUCCUUCAGCAUGGGCUCUCCUACCAGUCAGCUAGAGCUUGUGUCAGAUGACAGCCUCAGGUUACAGUAUGAAGUAAGUGCCGACUCGCCUCGUCCAGAAAUCUGUAAAGAACACACACCUGCCGUUACCAUCACCUUCACCUGUCCGUCAAGCAGACAUUCGGGCAGCACUCCCAAGAUGAUCGCGGAGUCGAACUGUCGUUAUGAAGUGGAGUGGGUGACUGAAUAUGCUUGUCACAGGGACUAUCUUGAGAGCCAUACCUGCAAACUGACCAGUGAACAGCAUGACAUCUCCAUCGACCUGACGCCUCUCACUUUAAGCUCUGGAGACAUUCCAUACAAUGCACACUCUGGGAACAGUGACGGACCUGAAAGUUACAUCUACUACCUGAAUGUGUGUGGAAAGAUCCCCACUGAUGUGUGUGACAGCGACCUAUUGGUAUCGUCCUGCCAGGUGAAGAAGUCCUCAGAAGCGAGCAAGGUGGCUGGAAGAUAUCAUAACCAAACACUACGUUAUUCAGAUGGAGAUCUGACCCUGAUCUAUCCAGGUGGCAGCAAAUGCUCAUCAGGCUUCCAGAGAAUGACCAUCAUCAAUUUUGAGUGCAACGAGACUGCAUCCAAUGGUGGUCGAGGGAAUCCAGUGUUUGCAGGCGAGACGGACUGCACAUAUUACUUCAACUGGGAGACAUCUUUUGCCUGCGUCAAGGAGAAGGAGGAUCUGCUGUGUCGGGUCAGAGAUGGCAACAAACACUAUGACCUUUCACCUCUUUCAAGAUUCCCCGGGUCAGGUGACAGUGACAACUGGGAGGCAGUGGAUGCUAAAUCUGCAAAGUCUGACUCACGUUACUUCCUGAAUGUCUGCCACAAAGUCAUUCAGUCAGGAGGUGCUGCUGGGUGCCCUGUGAAUGCCUCCAUCUGUGCCGUGGAUAAGAAUCAUGGUGCCAUCAGCCUGGGCAGCUUCCUCUCAUCUCCUCAGAAGACUAAAAUAGGAAAUGACAUCAGGCUGGUGUACACUGAUGGAAAUUUUUGCGUUGGUAAAAAGACAAGGAUCCAAACUAUCUUGACUCUCAAAUGCAAACCAGGGGAUCUUGAGAGCGCUCCUGUCCUUCGUGGCAUUUCGGCUGAUCAAUGUGUUUAUGAGUUGGAGUGGUACACUGCUGCUGCCUGCGUCCUCUCCAAGAGGCAAGGAGACGACUGCAAGGUGGAGGACCCUCAGGCUGGGUUCUCUUUUGACCUGUCACCUCUCUCCAAACCUGGCGGUGGCUUCUACAACCUGACCAGUGGAAAUUAUGAUUACUACAUCAAUGUCUGUGGUCAAGUCAAAGCUGCCACGUGUCCUGAGAAGGCCGGAGCCUGCCAGGUAGAAAAGAGUUCUUGGAGUCUUGGGGAAGCAAACUCCCGUCUGUCCUACUACGACGGCCUGAUCCAGCUGACCUACAGUAAUGGCUCUGAGUACAACAAUCAACAGCACACCCUCAGAUCCACUCUCAUCUCUUUCCUCUGUGACCCAACAGCUGGACCUGGCAAACCUGAAUUCCAGGUUGAAGACAAGUACACAUAUAACUUCCACUGGUACACAUCUUACGCAUGUCCAGAAAGGCCUCAUGAGUGUUUGGUGACAGAUCCUAACACUCUGGAACAGUAUGAUUUAUCCAGCCUGUCACGCUCCACCUCUAGCAGAAACUGGCAGAUAAUGGAUCUGUCUGACACCGGGAACCUAAAGAAGUACUACAUCAACAUAUGUCGGCCUAUCAACCCUAUACCGGGCUGUGACCAUGAAGCAUCUGUCUGCCAGAUGAAGUACAUAACCGAGCAGGGCUCUCCGAAGGAGGUUGUGUCAGUCAGUAACAUGGGUGUUUCCAAGCGAGGACCGAUCAUCGAGGGACGGGACCGGCUGCUGCUGGAGUUCACAGACGGCUCUGCCUGCAUGUCAGACGGCCAGAAACUCUCAUACACAACACGCAUCCACCUAGUCUGCUCCAGAGGAACUACAUCUACGGUACCACGAUUCCUGAUGGAACAGAACUGCACUGCCAACUUCAUGUGGGAGACCAGGGCUGCCUGUGCCAUCAAAACCACCAAGAACAAUAACUGUUCUGUGGUGGACCCCAACACUGGCUUUGAGUUCAACCUUCAGCUUUUGGCUUCUAAGACUGGAUACAAGACAAAAGGGAAUAACAAGGACUUCCUGGUGAAUAUCUGCGCAGAUGCACCAGAAUGUGGACCGGGCAUGGCUGGCUGCGAGCUGGAGGAUGGAAAUGCAUUAAGCAAAGUCGGGGUGGAGAAGACCCUCCAGUACUCCACUGACGGAAACCUCCAGCUAACAUACAAGGGACCCCUAGACGAUUCUACUGCAACUCGGGACACCUUCACCAUUAUCUUUGUGUGUGACCCAAACUCCCAACAAGGCUCAUUAACAAUGAUAAAAGAAGACAUGGGUACGCCACCUGACCAUGUGGUCCAUGACGUCCUCUUUGAGUUCUCCACUGCACUGGUCUGCAUGCCUGCUCCGGUUGACUGCAGCAUCACUGAUUCCCAUGGUAAUGAGUAUGACCUGAGUCACCUGAUCCGAAAUGGAGACGACAGCCCCUGGAUUCCUAUAAACACCGACGGGGCCACAUCACGCAACUUCUACAUCAACGUCUGCAAACCCCUUCCAACUCUGGAGAACUGUCCAGUGGGUCCUUUGGGUGCUUGUGGUGUGAUCGAUGGGAAAAGUUACAACUUGGGAUACGUCCAGUCCAGCCCGCAGGUGGCAGACGACGGUUCCAUCAGCAUUGUGUACCAGAACGGAGAUCAGUGUGAUUCCUCAUCCCACUUCUCAACACGCAUCCUCUUCCAGUGUGACGACAACCCAGGCUCUCCCAUGUUUGAUCGUAAAGAUGGGUGUGAAUAUGUCUUCAUCUGGAGGACGUCCGAGGCCUGCCCUAUCAGGAAGUCCCAAGGUGUCGACUGUUGGGUUCGUGACCCGAGGAGUGGCUACGAGUUUGACCUGAACUCUCUGAAGGGCAAAGAUUACCCCAUCACGAAUGGGAAAUACACCUACCAUCUGUCAGUCUGCAGUGCGCUCCAGAAAGACGUUUGCACCCACACAGACACAGGCAUUGAAUCUGUGUCCUCCUGUCAGGUGGAUGGAGAAAACCACAAGAUUGCAGGAAUGGUAAGCCAGGUUCUCAGCUAUGUAGGAGACCAGAUCAUCCUGAACUACACCAAUGGAGAGACCUGUCAUAAAAUUUACCAAAGAUCCACUGAGAUCUACUUCUCCUGCCACCCUGACGAGAAUCCCGGAAGACCAGAGUUCAUUAAGGAGACUCCAGACUGCACCUACCUGUUCAGCUGGCCCACCGCGCUGGCCUGUGUCCCAGUCAAAAUCACCAGCUGCUCAUACAACGAUGGUCAGGGCCACUCCUAUGACCUCUCCCCUCUGGCUAUGGACUCGAAGAAUUGGGAACUAUCUACUGAGGACACGAACAAACGGUUUUAUAUCAAUGUCUGCAGGUCGUUGGUGCAGCAAGGAGGUUCAUGGAAGUGUCCAUCCAGUGCAGCGUCAUGUAUGAAGGAUGGGGAUAAGUAUGUGAGUCUGGGGGAAGUGCAGUCCAGUCCUACAUGGGACAGAAAUGUCCUGAAGCUGCAGUACACCAGUGGUCAGCUUUGUCCAGAUGGAAGCCGCCACAAGAGCACCAUCAUCCGCUUCAAGUGUGACAAAGACAAAGUGGAUUCCCGGCCUACUCUGAUCUCUGAGAUUGAGGACUGUGUGUACACUUUCCUGUGGUCAACAGCUGCUGCCUGCCCUCUAAACAGCACCCAGCAUGACGACUGCAGAGUCACCAACCCUGCUACAGGUCAUCUGUUUGACCUGAACUCCUUGAUGAAGGAAGGGGGUUACACUGUGUACGAUCAUCAGGACCACAGGAAGAUGUUCCGUAUGAACAUCUGUGGAAAUGUGACCAACGCAGGAUGCAGCCCUGGAACGGCUGUGUGUAUUAAGGAUACCAGUUCUGCAGUCAGUGGCGGUCAAGUGAACAGGAAACUCUCGUAUAAGGAUCAUGUUCUGGAGCUUUCGUAUGAAGGAGGAAGUCCCUGCCCACCAAACCCCGACCUCAAACACAACACAAUCAUCCAUUUCAUCUGCAGGCCACCUAAUAUGGGCUCAGCCGACCCAGAGCCAGUCCUCAUCGACUCAAACACUGAAACCUGCACACAUUUCUUCUCUUUCCACACACCCCUGGUCUGCGAACAGCCUGUAACAUGUUCAGUCCAGAAUGGCUCUGCUUUGAUAGACCUGACUCCCCUGAUUCAUGUCAGUGGAUACUACACAGCAACAGAUGAAGAAGUGGACCAAAGUGAUGACUCUCCUGACUUUUAUAUCAACAUCUGUCAGCCAUUAAACCCCAUCCCUGGGGUCACCUGCCCACCUGGAGCAGCCGUCUGUAGGGAUCCUGAUAAUGGACCACCAGUGGAUAUCGGGCGGACCACCAGAGGUCCGGAGCUCAACAGUGCAACAGGUGAAGUGUCCAUCACCUACCACAGCUCCACCAAGUGUGAAGCAGACCCUUCACAGAACUACACUUCAACCAUCAUCUUCACCUGCCAGAGAGGCCUGGAGCUGGGUUCUCCACAAAUGCUGAGGCUGCAGAAAUGUCUCUAUUUGUUUGAGUGGGCGACCCCUGUAGUCUGUUCAGAUGCUUCUCACACCAGCGGUUGCCAGCUCACCGACUCUCAGCUUCAGUUCACCUUUAACCUGACAUCACUGGCUGGUGAAGUCCAGGUAAACGGGAGCUCCAGCAUGUAUCACAUCAACGUCUGUAACUCAGUAGCAGAACCGGCCUGUAAGCAGAGUGCAGUUUGCCAAGUGUCUGGUUCUGGUUCAGACAAGUUAGCUUCAUCAUUUGGGAACAGCAAGGCCAUGACCAUGGUCUUCAAACAUGAAGAGCAGGCUGUGCUCAUGCAGUAUGGUGGAGGAGAUCCCUGCCCACCUGUGACCGCUGAGGGUGAGGUGUGUGUGUUCCCAUUCAUUCUCAUGAAGAAGUCGUACACACAGUGCACCACAGAUGCAAGGACAGACGGCAAAAAGUGGUGUGCUACAACGGGCAACUAUGACACGGACAGAAAGUGGGGAUUCUGCAGUACAGCCGCUGGUAAACGUCAGUCCUCUAUAUUGUUUACCUGCGACCAGUCUGCAGGCCGUGGUUCCCCACAGCUGCUCUCAGAGACAGCUGGUUGUUCAGCCACUUUCCAGUGGCGCACCAGUGCUGUUUGUCCCCCGAGGAAGAUGGAGUGUAAGCUGGUGAGCCAGCAUCAAACGUUCGACCUCCGAGCCCUGUCCUCCCUCACUGAGCCGUGGAAGUUCAGCCACGAAAGAGAUUCGUAUUUCAUCAACCUGUGUCAGGGGAUCCACGGUGGACUCACUGGCUGUCCAGAAGGAGCAACUGUAUGCCGACGUCUAGCAGCAGGAAAGACUCAGAUCCUGGGCAGAGUCUACACACAGACAAUGAGCUACACUGACGGAAAGAUCUCUGUCAGCUAUUCAGCAGGAGAUGACGUCUGUGGCAACGGCGUGAAGGCCAAGACAGUGAUCCAGCUGAGUUGUGGUUCCACAGUUGGACACCCAGCACUCAUCAGGGUUGAUCAGGCGUCAUGUGAGUUUGUGAUUGGCUGGGAGACUCGCUCGGCUUGUGCGGUGAAACAGCGCGAGGUGGAGAUGGUGAAUGGGACGAUCCAGGUUCCAGACACUGGAGCCAGCAUCAGCCUGGGAGCGCUCUACUUCAGCCACCAUCAAGUAUCUGGAGACAUCCGUUCCAACGGUGACACCUACGUCUACCACAUCCAGUUGUCUGGCCUCAAAAACAGCUCCCUGCCCAAAUGUGUUGGUGCCAACAUCUGCCAGGUCAAGGUCAACGGAACCACCAGACGCAAGAUAGGCUCCUCUGACAGAGCAAAGUACUACAUUAAAGGAGGGAAUCUGGAUGUGAUGGUGCCCUCUGACUCCGAGUGCGGCCGGGAGAAGAACAAAAUGGUUUCAUCCACCAUCAUGUUCCACUGUAACCCGUCAGUAGGCAUCGGCAUCCCAGAGUUCAUGCUGGAGACCGAUGAAUGCCAGUAUCUGUUUGUGUGGCACACGAAGACUGUGUGUGGUUUGACAGCUGUUGAUUCAAAAACGUCUGAUGAUGGCACUGAGGGUUCAGCUCUCUCUGGGCGGAGCCAGGCGGUGGGGGGGGUGCUGAGCCUCCUGUUGGUGGGUCUGACUGUCUGUCUGCUGGGGCUUUUGCUCCACAAGAGAGAGAGGAGUUUUGUUUUUUUGUAUCCUUCUAGGGAACUGGUGAUACAGAAAGUUGCUGGUUGUUGUAAGAGAGGAAAUCAGGUCUCUUAUAAAUAUUCCAAGGUCAACAUGGAUGAAGAAGGUGGUGAAGAAGAGAUGGAGUGGCUCAUGGAGGAGCUCGAAGCCCCUCCUAUAUCUUCAUCCUCCCAACACAGCAAGGGUAACCACAGCAACGGUCACAUCAAGACCAAGCCGGUGAAUACGGACGGCCUGCGCUCAUUCUCGCUGGACGAGCAGGAGGACGACAGCGAGGACGAGGUGCUCAGCGUGCCGGGGGUACGAGUGGUCAAAUCAUCCGGACUCUCCAAACACUCUGCGGCGCAUCGCAGCGCAUUCCUGCAGGAGGAGAGCGACGAAGACCUGGUUGGCCUCCUGGACGAGUCGGACAGGAAGAGGAAGAGCAGCAAACCUCGCUCUUCAGGCCUUAACCACGGUAACAACUCCGAAACCAACAGGAAGCGGGACGAGGACGACAGUGACGAGGAUCUCCUCAGGGUGUGAUGUCGCUCUCUCCCUCCUGGCCUCCUCCAUCCAAUCUGAACUCUUCUCUCAGUGAAUGUCUCCACAAUAGCAACAACAACAUGAAGUUCCAACAGCAUAUUGAAAGCAGAAACCUUUCCUCCUUUUCGGGAUAUUUUUUUGUUGGGCUGCACCUUUACUUGGUCUACUCAGACUCUGUCCAGUUCACUAUCUACAGACCGUUGGGGUUAGCACAUGGCUUUUAUUUAUUGAAAGCUCAUUAUUUAAAGCGUUCCUCGGGCCGUUUUGACCUGCGCCCUGUUUUCUUUUCCUUUCAUAAUUCUGAUUCGACAUAGCUUCAUUCUUAGUUACGUCAGUCUUGCAGGAUUUAUCUGAUAAAGACUGAACAGGCCAGUCGACUCUUUAAAGCUACAGUGGGAGGACAAAAAGCAUCAUUCUCAGUGUAGUGACUCUGCAAUGAGGUAUGUCAGUGAAAAGAUGUAAAUGAUACUCUGUUUUUAUUUUCUCCUGGUAGUUUGAAAUGAAGCUGUGCCAUUGCUUUAGCACUUUGAUUACCUGAAAGUAACAUGUCUCACUGCAGACUGAGUAUAUUUAAAGAGAAGAAAACUUUUCUAUCUGUGGAGUUGGUUUUGUUUUUAAUGUCCUUUUGGCCCAUAAGGAGUGUAUCGGACAGAUGUGGUGAAAUACCCCAUCAGUGCAGCUGAGUAGCUCAUUAGUGAAACAUUUACGCAGAUUUUGGGAGAAAAACAACGGGAAGCUGGUUCAGUCUCCGGGAUGUAGGCAGUAAAGGUGUUUCUAAAGGGAAUGAAGACACCCAUUUGUGUUGUCUUGCUGUUUACAGUUGCUAUUAUAGCAGAUCUUUUCUCUUUCUUUCCCCUCAAAGAAAGCACGAUGCCUUCCUGAUGAUGAAUUUACUUUGCAUUUUCAUCGAUGAAUCAUGUCCGGCGACAGAUUGAUUUUGUUUUGAUCAGAGACAUUGUACAUAGAUGAUAAUGUUCUAUAAUACGGACAUUUGUUUGUUUGUUUGUUGUCCUCACUGGUGAAUUGCUCACACAUUUGUUUUUAUGAUUAUUUAAAUGGUGAUCUGAGCUGAUUAUCUGUAUGUAUUUCUGUUCUGUGCAAAAAUAGAGAUGGCCUUAAGUGUGAAUGCUUGACGAGGUUGACGGAAGUGAAACUUGAGACGUUUGGAUUGUGUUGGUUUGAAGUUCCCUUCCCGCUAAAGCCAUAUUUCUCCCCCCACCAACGGCACUAAUGUAUGGGAGCUGGGAUUUUUUUUCCCUGCUCGCACGCUCUCGUACAUUAUAGGCUCAGUUUUGAUAUUCAGGUCCAUGAUUGUGGACGUUGCUGCGUCAGAAGUGAGAUUUUAACUCCAUACAAGUCACGUUUUUGCAGUGCAGAAAUCAGCCCCGUUUAGCCAAAUGCAUGUAAUGACAAUGCAAAAGAAAGAAGUGAAGCAAAAAUGCCAGAUGUUGUCUUGCAUUUAACAAGUUUUGUGCUAAAUAUUCAAACUAGUGGGGUGCCAUUGUUUUCCUCACCAAAGCAGCAAUUUUUUAAAAAUGGUUUAAACAAUUGUGCUGCAGAUUCAUACAAGUUGCAGAAUCACAAACAGCUUAACUCUUAUAGUUUUGGUAACGUGGUUCUCACCACAAAGCAAACUGUGCUUUUGGGGGAGAUUUUAUUUUCUCUGAUGGUCAAAACAGAUGAAAACAUGUUUUCUUGGUCUGCAAGUAGCUGCUAUUUUUUAUUAUCAUGGAUUAUCCUGAUUUUGAUUUAAAAUUUAGGCUAUAAAUGUCCAAAAAUGGUGAAAAAUGCUCAAAUUUCAAGGUGUCAUCUCACCAAAACAAGGUAUCUUAGGAUGCCACCUUAGACUGUGAGCUUCUAAAUGAUCAACCAGAACAGUAAAGAUAGACUCACUAGUCAUAGAAACAAGUAAUUAAAUCAGUCCAAACAUUCUUGUGAACAUUCAUGGGAUCCGUAGGGUAACUUUUCCUCCCACAAGAGAACUGUGUCCUUACAGACUAUAAAUAUUCAUGGCUUUAGGUACACUGCGUUGCCAGUAUUCAGUCCACAGAAGGAAAGGUGAUUUCAUUGCUGAAAUCUCACUAACAAGUGUUCACCAUUCAGGGUAUUUCUAAAGCUUUGUACACAAAUUUGUUAAAGAAGUUUUUCUAAGACAAAAACAUAAAAAAUUGGCAUUUGCAUGGGAAACCUCAGUAUUUUAUAUGGAUGACUUUGGGUUGUGCCAUAAUAGUCAAAUGUAAAACAUCAUGCUUCCAUCCCUUUGUUCUAGGUAACUUGUAUUCCUCUUCAUCUCGAUCACAAACAGAAGUUGAACUUUUAAGAAGCACUUUUGACUUUUUGAGGCUCCAGAAAGGAUCUGAAGCUUCGUUCACAUCUCACUUGUCGUAUUAUCAUAUCUUUAAGCUACUGAUCAGAAAGUAUGAAAUGUCAAAAUCGACGUUUGAUCGCGUAGAGAACAGGGGAGCAUAAUUCACAGGACAGGUUUCCAAACAAGUAGAUAAAUGCAGUCACGAAUGUACUCUUUCAAUUCCACAUACAGUCCAAAUUGUCCACAUGAAGUUAAAUGAAAUCAAACCUGUUGACAGACUUUUUAUAAAGGUUCAUUUUAACUGAUUUCAUUCAUUCAGCGCGUGAAGUUUUUCAAAAUUAACUUCAGUCGUCUUUUUUUUUUUUUUACUAAAUUCCUGACCCUGUUAGAAGGAGGUAUGAACCAGGAUGAAAGCAUUUAACUGUCUGACACUUUGUAGCUCUUCUUUGCUGAGGAAAUGUCGAAGCAAAAGGUACCGUUUAGUUUGUGAAGUCCCUUUUUUUCAUCACUGCAUAGUCUGAUUCUGCUGGCUUUAGCACCAAAGUUUGUGUGGCUCAUCUGCAUGGUACUGUACUGAACCUUCUCUUUCCUGAAGCUAUUACUGGACAGUCUUGUGCUUUUUUUUUGUCAUCACUCAAGCAGAGAAUUAUUUUGUGUUCGUGAAACUGAUGCAGCAUUUAAGACUGAAAUCAAGAAUUCAGUUCAGAGAAAGACAAGCUGGAAGCUCACAGUGACGAAAGAAGCACAAGAAUUGUUUUGUGAUGAUUCAGUACUAUGGAAGAUCAUUAUUAUGUUUUAGUUGGUGUAAGUUAUGUUGUCUGAUAUGUUUUCAGCUCUUUGCCUGUUUUCCUAUUUAAGAAAAAUUGAUGUAAAAAUACUGCAUUAUUUGAAUAAAAAAGAGAUCCGCUGUUUAUCAA